AUGAUGAUGAAGAAGAAGCAAGAAGUUAUUGUUCAAAAAUCACACAAGUGCAAUAUUUGUGGCAAGUGUUUUAGCAAUGGAAAAGCAUUAGGUGGUCACAGAAGAUCUCACUUUCUUAAGAAAAAACCUAAUCUUCAAAAAUCACCAGAGCUGAAAACCCCUAGUAAGACAAUUAGGGUUAGGUUUUUCAAUGAUGAUGAAGAUAUUGAUUGCAAAAAGAAUCAAAUUACUCGUUGUUAUAUUUGCAAUAAGAAAUUUCCAACAAAGAAUGCUUUGUAUGGUCACAUGAGAUCUCAUCCUGAUAGGGUUUGUAAAGGAGUCAGCCGACCUUCAAAUUAUGAUAUUCAAAACUCUUCUUCUUCCAAUAAUUCCGAUAAAAGAGAAGAUCGAGAUGAUGAUGAUGAUGACGAUGGUGGUGAUGGUAAUUUUUCUUUGCCAAAAUGGAAAAAGAGAGAUAAAAGAGGUAGAAAAUGUAUUGGUAGUGCCGAGGCGGCUACAAACCUAUUGUAUCUUCGAUCUGAUACACACAACUGUGAGGUUUCAGGUUUGAACUCAAAGAAUUCUGAAUUUCCACUUCCAAUUAAAAAAAGGGAUUUUUUUAUUGGUGAGUCAUCAUCAAAUGGGAAUGGUAAGAAAGAGUUUGUGGUGAACAAGAUUAAAGUUGUUUUUGGUGGUUCAUUGAAGAUUGAAAACAAAAGUGAUUGGAAUGGUGAUGAUGAUCAUGAUCAUGAUCAUGAUGAGAAGAAACUAAUGGCAAGUGAAGGUUUAUGUGAAUCUAGGGUUGAUGAGAAACCGAGUAAUCUUUCUGAAGAACAAAAAAAAUUCAACUUUGAUUUGAAUGAGCCAUAUGUUAUGGAAGACUAA